GUGGUGGGCGGGGCGGCGCGCGGCGCGGUGAGGAGGGGCGGCGCGGGGCGGGGGGCGCGCAGAGCGCCCAGACCGCUGCCAUGUUCGGGGGGCUCGGCAGAUGCUUCGAGGAGGAUCCCUUCUUCAGGGAUCCCUUUGCUGCCCACCAUGAGCACAUGAGGCAGAUGAUGAGGAGCUUCUCGGAGCCCUUCGGGCGGGAGCGGUGUCGGAGCGUGCCGGAGGGCAGGGCCGGGCCGGACAGAGCGCUGGAACCCAGAGCGCGCCCGGAAUCCAGCCUGGCGGCCCGGGGGAGCCGCAGGGAUGCAGACUUUGGGGAUCCAUUCUCUGCCAUGGACAGGAUGAUGUCAAACAUGAGGAACAGUAUGCUGGAAAUGCACAGGAAAUUUGAUGACCUGUCCAUGCACCCCGAUGGCCACACGUUCAGCUCCUCCUCCAUGAUGACUUACUCCAAGAUGGGGGAUGAACCUCCGAAGGUCUUCCAGGCCUCGGCCCAGACUCGCACGGCCCCAGGAGGUGUAAAGGAAACAAGAAAAGCACUGAAGGAUUCUGUAAGUGGCCUGGAACAAAUGGCCAUUGGCCAUCACAUCCAGGAUCGGGCUCAUGUCAUCAAAAAGUCCAAGAACUGCAAGACUGGGGAUGAGGAGAUGAACCAGGAAUUCAUCAACAUGGAUGAAAAUGAGGCCGAGAGCUUUGAUGAGGAGUGGCAGAAGGAGGUCAUGAAGUUCAGGCCAUCCAGAACUAGAAGCUCUGUGGAAGCUCCAAAAUCCAGAGGUAUCAAUUACAAGGAGAAUGGAUCAAGAAGAGAGAAGCUACUUGGAACUGCCCGUUCCAGAGUGCCCAGAGAUUCCCUGGAGUCUCUCAGUGUGAAAGGAACCCACGUCCCCCUCAACAGAAGCAGCAGGAAAUAAGUGGCCCCAUCUCCCUGGGAUGGAGUUUCUCCAGAGCUGAAAAUGGUGCUCAUGUCCAUACAAAUACACGGGAUAUGUGACCAAUCUCUGUUUGUGUUGUGCCUUUGCUCCUCCUGAGUGUUCCUCAACCCUCAGCUCCUCAGUUAAACCCUCUCUUUUUGGUGAACUAAAAACCCAACAACUUUCUGCCUGAAAGCACUUUAUGGAUUAUCACCAAUUCUGCUUAAAAAAAGCACUGAUUUUCAAAGUUUUCCUGCUACAGCUGCACCAGUCUCAGGCUUUACCAAGCCUGACACUGCAGCUACUUUUCCCCACUCUGUAAGUUGCACAGAAAAUAAAUUCUCUUUAUUUAGUGUGGCUAAAAUGAUUUUUAGGUGAUACUUAAUAGGAAUUGGAAUACAUUAAAGCCACUAUAUAUAUAUAUAUAUAUAUCUUUAAAAUCAUACUGGAAAUUCUAACAGAAUCCCCCCAUUCACCUUGUUUGAACAUGGAGAAAAGUGAAAUCCUAAAAUGGCAAUACUGUCUCAUUUUUAAGUUGAUAAGAUGGGCUUGCACCUCAUUUUCAGUGCCUGAAGUGUCCAGUUUGUACCUCUGAUCCUCUGUGUGUUUAUUCUGGAGUUGGCCCAUCGCUGCUGAGGAUUGUCUGGAGUAGCUUUUAAUCACCCCAUGGGUCCUGAGAAACUCAGCUGCACUUUUUAGUUAUUAAUGGGAAAAAUAUGUGGGAGAAAUGAGUUUAACUGGAACGAUUUCACCAUUUCUCCUGUUCUCAGGAGCCAGGAGAGAGCCCUGGACACAGGAAACCAUCUCCCCUCAGCUGAGUUUGUUCUUUGUGAUGAUACUAAGUCUCAUCUGGUGUCCCUGGAUGAUGUUGUUUGAGUCUGAUGUUCUAGAAAAGCCAGGAAAAUCUUUGUAUUCCAGGUGUCCAUGUGCUGUUUUGUCACACGGAAUUAUCCCCAUGUUGUAGCAUAAAGAAUUUCUCUUUGUUAAAUAACAUUACAUAAAUGCAAGACUACAUUAGUUUAGCCUUAAAAAGCACUGUUUAUAUGAUAAAGUAGCAUUAGUAAGUUAAGAGUAAUGUUUGUUUGGCCAGAAAGCCUUUAAAUCAUAUUUAAUCUACCUGCAGUUUCCCCAGAUUAUUUAAUUUUAAUGAAAUAAUAUGUUUAAUAAUGUCAAAAAAUAAAUCACCAGCACUUUUGUUGGGCUCUGACAAGGAAAGGCCAAUUAUUUGCUGUUUCUUGCAGUGGUCUCUUCCUGUUCUUAGAGCAAAUAUUAGUGGCAGUAAGUUCAUGUGAUCAAUUAUUAGUGGCAUUAAUUGGGGCUGUUGAACCAUUUAAUGAGCAGUAAAGGUGAAGGGGGGUCAGGGGAUGCUUUGCCAGCCCUUAGAGCACAAUCCAGGGGCUCAUUUUCCAUCCACUGAAGAUAAUGUGGCUUUUGCAAUUAAUUCAAUAGGCAAUACAAGGCUGGGGAGGCCUUUCCCAGGUAUGUCACUCCAAUUUCCUAGUGAUUCACAGCAGCAAAGUUUUCCAAGUUGGAACAUGACAGGGACGUUGGAGAGACACUGCUGUUCAACAGAGAAUUCACCUGACAGCUUGGCUUUCUGUCUGAGAUGAAAACAAACAGGAUACAGCCAUGUAAUACUAAAGCAAGCACAUCCUGGGGUUUGGAAAUGACAGCGGGAAGGGGCGAAUGUUCCUUGUGGAUCGCUUUGUUAUGCCAAGACUGUUCCCAGUGUAAUGCACGGGAAGCUGUUCCCUGUGGAACCAUCUGCAACUGCAGUUCUUGAAUAAAGUUAUUUAUUAUUUA